AUGAUUAUUCCUUACUACACAAAUGGACCACUCCGCUAUGAAAAUGGAGGCCUGCUUGUGCUUCCCAGAGAACCUAAGAUUAAUAAUGCAUUCCAGUUUGCCAGCAUCAUCCACUGGAUCAGCCUGGCUAUCCUGUCCAUCUUCUUCACCGAGACUGUGUUCAGGAUCGUGGUGCUGGGGAUAUGGGAUUACAUCGAGAACAAAGUAGAGGUGUUUGAUGGAGCUGUCAUCGUCCUCUCUCUGGCCCCCAUGGUGGCCUCCACUGUGGCCAACGGCCCCAGCAGCCCCUGGGAUGCUAUUGGUCUCAUCAUCACACUGCGCAUCUGGAGGGUGAAGAGGAUCAUUGAUGCCUAUGUGCUGCAAGUGAAGGUGGAGAUGGAGCUGGAGAUCCAACAGUACGAGAAGGCCAAGGCCGUGAGGGAUGAACAGCUCGACCGUCUCACUCAGAUCUGUCAGGAACAGGCAUUUGAAAUCAGGCAGCUGAGGGCCCACCUGGCCCAGCAGGACCUGGAUCUCGUGGCAGAACGUGAAGCGGCGAUGCAGAUCCACCAUAUGUGGGGUAAACAAAGCAGCACUUUCCAGGAAGUGGAUGGACUGUCACCUCGAGUCUCAGAGCAUCACGGUCCUACUAAAGCUCGAGAGCCUGGGGGGCCUGCAGAUCUCCAUGGCCAAGAUGACAUGAACAACUACAUUAGCCAGUACUACAGUGAGCCAAGCAGUGAUAUGGGGAUCCCAGACCCUGCCCGCAUCAUCACCACUGCAGCCAUAGACGUGCACCUGCCAAACAACCCUAGCCAGCUUCCCUCCACUUUGGUGAGUGCCGACGCGGUGCCGUCCAGCCAUUUUCAGAGAACAGGCAGCUUGGUCAGUGAGGCCUCCACCACCACAGUGUCCCGCACCAGCUUUAGUGCCCGCCAGCACAGCUUUAGCAGCCAUACGCUCGGCUCCACCACAGACUGCAGCUCCACAGUGCGGGAAGCCUCCACCUCCACCUCCACAAACUACAGCGACCAACGCUGCUACCCUCCACCCUACAGCAGCCCUCUGGCCCUGGGCACUCAGCUACGAGGGAGUCCCAGCGCCGUGGUGCAGGAGCUGCUCUCCUCUCUGUCUGAGAACUCCUGUCUCACACAGAAGGGGCUGGACCCUGUCAACCUGAAGCCGCCCAGCCCAGCAGGCUCCACCAAAACCAGCCCCGAGCUGGAGCACAGGGUCAAUAUCUACAAUAAGAGGAACCAGGACAGCCGAGUGGGGCUCCACUCUAAGCCACUCAUCCAUCUGCAGGGCAACGAGCCUCUCCUGGAGGAGAAGUACAGGAUGAUGGAGCCAGUAGACGCUCCAGUCAACCGUCUGUCCGAGACAUAGGACUGUCCGACAUGUGGAGUGCUCUUAGGUCAACAGCAAAAAUGUAUGCUUUACUUAACUACCAUGCUGUGUCACGAGUCAGUGGCACACAAACUGUACAUCUGUCAUCCUCUUUGUACUAUUGGGAGCAUAGUGGAUGAACUUACCACAGCAGCACACACAGGGCACAGAGGACAGAAGGAGGCAGACUUGUUAUCAGGAACCACCUUUCAGGAAUUGAAACUCACAAAAAAAACAAAAAAAAAACACUUGAGUUUUAUGAUAAAAGUUUUACCAAAAGAAACCAGCAACAGAAAAUCUGGCUUUUGAUAUGUAGAUUUCCUCUCAUACAUGAUUUGGAGAUGCUGGACUGAUCCACUGGAGAGCUACAAACUGUGGUCAGUUACUCUGAGCUUCAAGGCGUGGAGUUAUUACAAGUGCAGGUGUGUGAGCUGUUUAGUUCUUCAGUCGAGUGUCUCCAAACUCACCACGAACAGUCCUCCUUGUUGGACUGCUGCAGGGUACAUCAGAUCAGUCUCAACGUCUUUCUAAUCUUUGUCUUUCUAUAUUAUCAGUGUUGACAUUUUUAUCGAAAUUAUAUAAGUGGGAGGAGCGCAAAAAUCUUUUGACUGGAGUUUUCUAUCCAGGUGCCAUGAUUGGAAACUGACCCAACCCCGCCGGGUCAGCGUUUACGUGAAUCUUGAAAACCACAGCAUGUCCCUCACAAAACCAAAACAAUAAAAAAGAGCUACCUGCAUAUGAUAGAUUUCGUAUCAUUCGGGUCUUAAGUAUUACCUUUUUAUGAAUUCUGAGGCUAUGUAAAUAUUUCAGGUUGGGUUUGACGAUGUCACAUUUAAAAUGAAGAGGGACUAGCACUAAAACACCAAGUUGGAAAAAGAAAAUUAUAAAGCAUGAAACCUUCAAGAUUUGCCUUUUAAAUAUUGCAAACUAACCUAGUUCAUUGUACUGUCAACAGGCUUUUUUUUAUCUUGACCAUGGAAGGAGGGCAUUAUAAAAUGAACCCAAUAAAAGGAACAAUGUGGCAAAAAUGACAA